UUUUCUUACCUUUGCUUUCCAGUCGUAGUUAUUUCACAGUCAGAAUUACUUCUACGUAGAUUUGUGCUGCGUGAAAGAUGGAAGAUUAUGCGGAUGCGGGAGACAUUUUGUAGUUUAUUGGAGUGGAGUUUUGCUUGGUGGAAAAGGCUUUUGCCUUGAGGAAACUGGUACUGUAUUAGGCAGUGAGGCAUCCACAGGGAAGACACAUCUGGCCAAUUCUUACUGAAACUGCUCAAGAGGACUGGUUGAUUUCUAGAAGCCAAGGCAAUUUUUACAGACAGCAUGUCUCUAGAACAAACAGCAUGUGAAGAUUUAAAAGCCUUUGAGCGACGAUUGACAGAAGUCAUUGCUAGACUACAGCCGGCCACCACAAGAUGGAGAAUGGUUCUAGUGAUAAUGGCAGCAAGCACAGCCCUGGGGGCAUACCUCUGGCUCACAGAUCCCAUCACACAAGAAGUGACGUUCGUUCAGUCACUCCUCAACCACCUAUUCUUCACUUUUGCUGCCAUUACCCUAAUCUUGCUCUUUAUGAUGGGCAUCCACAAGAAAGUGGUUUCACCUUCAAUAAUCACAUCUCGAACACGCACUGUCCUUUCUGACUUCAACAUGUCCUGUGACGACACCGGUAAGCUUAUUCUGAAACCAAGACCUACGACCACAUGAGAGUAUUAGUUCUUAGGAGAUUUGUGUAUAAAUAUGUGACUGUUACUUAUGCCAAUAUGUAUAUUUUGUCUCAACCUGCAUUUAACCCAUUAUUGCUGGGAUAGCAUGUACAAUCAUGCUAUGUCCAUUGUGAUUUUAGUUUAGCAAUUUUGUUUUCACAUAGCUUGCUCCACAACAGCUUAGUCACCAAGGAAUCAAGGAGUUCUAACUGUUUCAUCUGCUUACCUUUUUCUUGCUUUUCUAAAAGAUUUUUUUUAUUGUGAUUUUUUUAUGACAUAAUAAUCAUACUAAUAACAAUAAAAUCAUAAAUAUUAGUAGCAUUAGAAAAAAAAAAAAUCUGAAAAUUCAAGGAAUGGAGAAAUCAGAUGAUGUUACGUAAGGCCUUCCAAUUGACUUCUUGGUGACUGAACUCUUACUUAGCCAUUUGUGUGUAGACAAAAUUCACAAAAGAAAAUUGCAAUUGAUAGUGCAACCACCCAGUAGUAAUGGGUUAAUAUGUAUGAGUACAAAAAUACACCACAAUUAUCACCCAGUCUUGAAACUGCAGAAGUGUGCAUAUAUGACGUAUUUAAGUUAAAACUGAUAACAAGGGAUUUUUUUGUGCUGCUGAGUUCAUUUUUAUGGUAGGAAGGCAAGUAAAGAGAAAUGCUGGAGUAUACAAAUUGACAGGCAGGAGAAGAUCAAUGUUACUGUCUGUUUUUAUUCUCUGUGUUUAUAGGCAUAUCACUUCAGUUGAUUCUUGUCAGAUUUUCUCAAAGCUGCAGUUUUAGUGAUUCAUAGUAAAAAUACUGUUCAUGCUUUAUGCUCAUGAAAUCAGUAUCUAGUAAUAGUUCCAUAUGAUAGGUAAUGAUGCUAUAAAUACAAAUUUGUUGCUCCUGUUGGCUGCUCUCUGUUGUUUAAGCUGCAAGGUGUUUCUUAUAGCUUUAUACUCAUAAUUUAUUGAAAAUUAUCCAGAUAGGAAAAUGAAAAUUGUGGAGUUCGAUUGACAAAACCUACCUGUUUGCUUCUGAUUUUAUACCUUGUCUGUGAGAAGUAGCACCUGAUAUUUCAAAUGAUUAUCCAGUCGAGCUACAGUUCCAGAAUAGCCAGUUUGAUUGAAAAAAAAUUGAUUUGUUAUGAAUUUUAGUAUUUGUCAAAACAGAUUGAUAGAACAUGAAAUACUCUAAUAAAAUAUUUUUUUUAUAUAUAUAUUGUAGUUAUAACAUUAUGAAAAUAAAUGUACAUUGUAUGAAAAUAA